UGGGCAUAUUAAUUUCAUUUGCAAGUUUUCAUAAAUAUGUGAAAGACCAUGACCAAUUAAAAUUGAAAUGUCUAAAUGCGGCGACCAAAUAUAGGUUUGUUUAGAGAUAAUCUUAAAAAGCAUGCAAUUCACUAAAAUUACAAUGUUUAUUCCAUAUCCAUUUCUUCGAUAACAACUUGGCAAGGUCUUCAUGCAGCCAUUCAAAACUAAUAAAACUGAAUAUACGACUGAUAUAUAUCUCAAUCAGGAAGUGACCGAGUGUUUUAUGUUUUAUUUUCUGACUAAAUAUUGCAUUAUCAAUUCUUAUCUGGAACAAAUGUCUUAAUUUUAAUUUGACAACAUUCUUCAAACAAAAUGUUUGUUAAAAAGGAAAGGAUAUUGUUUCUCUUAUCGUCCCUGAACGUUUUGAUCGUGAGCGGGGGUGGACCGCAUUUUUGCGAAUAUCCCCACACAAACCACUGCCAAAAUGGAGCAACGUGUAACCGCUUAAACAACGGUUAUUCUUACACGUGCACAUGUCAGCCUGGUUUCACGGGAACUCACUGCGAGUAUGUUGACUGCAGUAGUUCCAUAUAUUGUAAAAAUGGAGGAACAUGUUCCACUUAUAAUGGAGAUACAAAAUAUACAUGUAACUGUGCCGAUGGCUGGAUGGGUUCAAACUGUGAACAGAUUGAUUGCAGUAGUUCCUUAUAUUGUAUAAAUGGUGGAACAUGUUCGACUUUAAAUGGAGGUACAAAAUAUACAUGUAACUGUGCCGAUGGUUGGAUGGGAUCAAAUUGUGAACAAAUUGAUGUUUGUACGCCAUAUAAAAAAGCCGACAUUGUAUUUGUCUUGGACACUUCCCUGAGUGAAGGUGAUGAUGGAUUUGAGAAACAGAAACAAUACGUCAAGAGGUUCAUAUCAAAAUACCAAUACCAAAUUGGGCCACCGAAUUAUCGUUACCAAUUUAGCCUAAUAACAUAUUCUCUACAUGCGAUCGUCCACUUUUACUUCAAUACCUUCAACAACGAGACAGAUUUACAAAACGCGAUGGAUUUGUUAAAAGUUAAUUGUAGCGGUCCUAGUUUAGCUGGAAAUGCUUUGAAGAUAGUCCGAGGAGAUGUGUUCCAAACCUCUAACGGUGCACGAAAGGAUCCUAGCGUUGAACGGUAUAUUAUUUUACUAACAGAUGGACUGUUGUCGGAUGCGCCAGACACCAUCCUAGAAGCAAAUGUAUUAAAGGUCAAUGGCUUUAAGAUAUACACAAUUGGCAGCGGAAAAUCAAUACUUCAUGAGAACUUGUUAGAAAUAUCAUCAUUUAAUGAUUACGUAUUUCAUAUGGCAACAGAGGAUGGGAUACAAACACUUCUAAAACACACAAUGUUUGGUUGCAAAAAAUGUUCAUCUAAAGUAUCAGAUGUUUCGAUCCUAAUGGAUGUAUCAGCCGGUAUUAAACACCAAGAGCUGGAUAUCCAGAUCAGAGCCGUCAUACAUUUACUCAGGAUCACAAAAGUUGGAUCAAAGGCUACUCAGUUUAGUUACUCUACGUUUACAGAGACAGUCCACAAUGUUUACGACUUUACAACAUAUAAGUCUCGAGCCGAUCAAAUUGCUGAUAUUAGUAAGAAAACUAGGCAGACUAUUUCAACAACUGCCAAUUUAGCGAACGCGUUGAAUGAAUUAAAUCAAAAUGGAUUUUCAGCAGGAAAAGGUUCAAGACUAGACGCCAGGAAGAUCGUGGUGGUUGUUACCUCCGGAAAUACAAAUGAUAUGCAACAGGUUUUAGCAGAAACAAAGCAACUUAAGGACUCUGGGAAGAUAAUGGUUACUGUAGGCGUUGGGUUGAAUGCAAAUUAUACAAAUAUGUUGGAGAUAUCGUCAGACCCCGCCUUAACAUUUAUACUCGGUGAUGACGUUCAUAUUAACGUCAAAGUUUUAGAUUCCUUAAAAACGUUGCUCGAGUAUGAUGAAUGUUCACAUUACUUCUUAGAAGCACUCGCUUCCGCUUUAAAGAUACGUUUAACAUCGUCUGAGUCGCUCGCUAAAGAUUGCGAACAUAACUACACAAACUACUGUCAAAAUGGAGCCACGUGUAAUCGCUUUAACAACGGUAAUUCUUACACGUGCACGUGUCAGCCUGGUUUCAAGGGUACUAACUGUCAGUCUGUUGAUUGUUCCAGUCCUCUCUAUUGUAAACAUGGAGGAAUGUGCUUUCCAACAAACGGAGGGACCAGCUAUAAGUGUCACUGUACGAAAGGUUGGACUGGAAACAAUUGUCAAAAUGAAGAUGUUUGUACGCCGUAUAAAAAAGCCGACAUUGUUUUUGUCUUGGACACUUCCAUGAGUGAAGGUGAUGAUCAAUUUGAGAAACAGAAACAAUACGUUAAAAAGUUCAUCUCAAAUUACCAAUACCAAAUAGGACCGCCGAACUAUCGCUACCAAUUUAGCCUCGUAACAUAUUCCCUACAGGCGAAAGUUCACUUUUACUUGAACACCUUCAGCAACAUUACAGAUUUACAGAACGCCAUAGAUUCAAUGAAAGAAAAUUGUAGUGGUCCAAGUAUGACUAAAACUGCAUUGAAAACGGUCCGAGAGGACGUUUUAACAACAGUUAAUGGUGCUAGAGACAAACCUGUAGAACAGUAUGUUAUAUUAGUGACCGACGGUUUGUCAUCAUACCCAAUUCAUGCUGUGGCAGAGGCCGCUUUACUGAAACGCAACGAUGUGACGAUAUACUCAAUAGGUACCGGUGAUUCUAUAAGACACGAGGAGUUGCUAGAUAUAUCAAAAUUUCCAGCAUAUGAUGAUCACGUACUAGUUUUUCCAAUGGCAACAGAUGAUUCGAUUCAACAUCUUCUGAAGUACACCAUGUUUGAAUGCGAUAAAUGUUCAAUAGGUGCGUCAGACGUCCAAAUACUUAUGGAUGUGUCAGCCAGUAUCAAAGAAAAAGAUUUUAGUACCCAGGUACAGGCAGUCAUUCAUAUACUGGCAAACGCAGACAUCGGACCAGAGUUUACUCAGUUACGGUACUCCACUUUCACGGAGACUGUAAAUACUAUCUAUGACUUUGACGCUUACAACGACAGUCGCGAUCACAUAGCUGAGGUUAGUAGGAAAACAAAACAGGCAUUAUCAACAAACGUCGACGUCGCAAAUGCUUUGGACGACAUAGAUUCGCACGGAUUUGCCAAUUCAACAGGUGCAAGGCCCGGAGCUAGACAGAUUUUAAUCUUGAUAACGUCUGGCAAUAUUUCAGAUAUGCAAAAAGUUCUUAUGAUGGCAAAGCAUUUAAAGGAUGAAGGAGUGAUUGUCGUUACAAUAGGUGCUGGCUUGAAUUCAAAUUAUACAAAUUUAUUAGAAAUAGCGUCAGAUCCAUUCUUUACGUUUAUACUCGGAGAUGACGAAAACACUGACGUGAACGUUCUGGAUUCAUUAAAAACAACAUUGGUGUAUGGACACUGUCCACAUCUUUAGUGAGCCAGUCUUUCAUGCUUACCGUCCGAUUCACUUUAAAGUGGAUAGGUCUACAAUGGCAAACUCCUCACAGUGAUAACCUCCCUUUGCAGACUUCACAGACGUCACAUGAUGAUGAAAGUCACACGACGUAACGUCGAAAUUCAAAUGUAAAUACCGACCGUUACAUAGGAAAUCUAACGUCAUUUUUCUCUUACUGUUUUAUUUUUAACUAGUCGUACCUACGUUCGUUAUAGUUUAUCAAAAAAAUAUCAAAACUAUACAAAAUAAUGAAAAAUAAAUUCAAAAGCUAAAAAAUAUAAAAUAUCAGAAAUUCUGAUUUAUCGGACCGUGGUGGCAGAUCUAUUUACUGAUAAGGGGAGAUCACUGCGUAGGAGAUUGCUACAAUGGGCACGUUUUCCAUAAGUAUUUUAAAUAUUGAUAAAGACCAAUAGAAAUGUAUCAUUUUGGUAUUCUUAUAAAAUGUUGCCUGAAAAAUGUUGUUAAAGUUGUAAUUGAUUUAGUAUGACAUUUAUAUGAUGAAUAAUAAUAUUUUGUUCUAGAACAUUUUAUUAUCUGCUAUAUAAAUAGAUAUAAUGUCGGAUCAUUAUCUCACACUUCCUUUUUUAAUAACAACUUCCAUAUAUUGUUAUUCCUUGAUUUGUUUCUAUGUCUGAUACUAGAUACUUUCAACGUAAUUAUUUUUGUAUUACUUACCUUCCAUCAUAAACCGAUUCACUUAAAAAACAAAACUUUGAACGAACGAUGUUAUACAUGUUAUAAAAUGUUUUGUUCAUAGAGAACAUUGUCAGUUAUAAUUUUGCCUAUGAACAAAAUCGCGACAAUAUUCAUUUUACAUUUUACAUUAAAAAUGACAAUUGUGUGUUUUUAAAGAAUUUUAUUCUUUUACCAUAGGAGUCGGUCGAUAGUUAUCCAUCCUCACUGGCAAAACCGUACUUUACGAUUGUUCACCGAUUGUUCGUAAUCAACUCCAACAACAUAGAUUGUUUGUUAUACGGAACAUAUACUUUACUAAUUUUAGAAAUGAGGCAACAUGACUUCUAUUCUAUACAAACAUGUAUGAUAAUAAUCAAAUAGUCAAAAUAAAUGAAUUCUCCAUUAAUGUGUUAAUAUUGCAUAGAUACAGUCAUAGAUAAAAAAUUUAAACGAAAUAAAUUGUAAACAAUUUAUCCCAGUCAUGAGCUUUUUGCAAACAUAAUCAGAAUAUGAAGUACUUGCAUAUAUCAUGUACGGAAACGUAUAGCGACCAUCCCUAUAUGAUAUAUAUCAAAUGACUUUUUUACAGUUUUAUAGUAUGUUUGUUAUAUGCAAAUAUGAUUAAAGGAAAGAAUUACAUAUUUAAAAAGAUGUAAGUGUUUUAUUUUUUCAUUUUGUGAAAAAGUUAAAAGUAGUUUAUCUUGCAUUAUAAGAUAAAAACGUACGAUAGAUUACAAAAAAAAUACGUUUUAUAUAUGAUUUACGAUAUAACUUGAUUUAAUUGCUUCCUUUAUCAAGUACAAAUGUCUUGACUUUUCUCGUGUCACACAUCAUAUAAGACGAAUAUCGCUAAAGCUUUGGGAUCUCUGUUCCUUUAAUAACAUCAAGUGGUCGAAUAUACCUUUUUAUUUAAUAUUUAUCAUGUAUCAUCCUCCGUACACACAUUUAAAAUGGUAAAUUUGUCGGAAGUUGUCGUUUUAAGCUAUAUUUAUUAUGUAUCUUACAAAAAUAUAAUGGUUUCUAUGAUAACUAAUUUACAUCAGGUACUACUUCACUAGCUAAUUGUAUGCUUAUUGACAACUAACGGCGUUUUUCUUUUAUAUAAUCUUUUAUCUUGUAACACUCUCUGAAGCACAAUGAUUUAAAUAUUCUUUAAAUUUUGGAAUACAGAAAACCUUUAUCAAAGUUUCAUAUAUAAUCUUUAAAAAGGCUUUUUGCUGUGUGAGAUUUUUCUGCCCUCAUUAUCAAAUAUAAAUUGUAAAAUAUGUUAUAUUAUAUUUUAUCAUGCUAGAGGUAUGCGAAUAAAAAAAAACAAUACAAAUGUAUAUAUAACUAAUAGGUAUAAAUGAACAGAAAAAUGUCACAUAAAUUUGAAUCCAACAAUAUUAACAGCAGAUUGAGUAAUUGAUAUAUAUUCAAGAUCAAAUAACAAUGUAAAUAUUGGUCAAAUAUAUAUCGUGUGUUAAAUAAAUUGUCUUAAAUUCUGUUUUCACCAACAUGCAGGGGCUGUAUAUAUUACUAGAUAAAUAUUUCAGAUCAAGUAAGUUUGUAAAACUUGGUAAGGUAUAUAAUAUGUAUUAAAUAAAUUGUCAAAAAGUCUGUUUUAACUAACAUAUAGUGUGGUCGCUAUACGUUUCCGUAAUCAUGGACAACAC